CUCACAAAAUUAUGAGGCUGCUGCAGUACAAGAACGAAUGAGACGAUAGUAAACAUGGCGGCUUCCAUGGGGGCUCUUCGGCGAAAUGUUUUAUCACUGCAGAGGAUUUUGACAGGAAUCUCACAUUUGAGUCCUGGAGGCUGGGCAGCUUGUUCAUCGCACAGAAAAGCCAACAUACAUAGGCUUCCCUCUCAAACGUCAUACAGCACUCAUUUUCAUACAUCACCUGUCUUUUCAUCUGAACCCAAAAUCACAGUCACAGAAGAACCAGACGCUCUCUUCCAGAAAGUGUCUGUGUUGGUCAAAGGUCAUGACAAAUCUGUUUUGAACAGCUUUGAAUUCUUUGCAACAAUGGCAGCACAAGAGUUGGGUCUUUCUCUUGGCAAAAUUUUUGAACCACCAAAGGAUAUUGAAAGGCUGACGCUACUGAAGUCAGUUCACAUCUUUAAGAAACAUCGAGUCCAAUAUGAGAUGAGGACACACUACAGGUGCAUUGAGCUUAAUCAUGUAACUGGCUGCACUGCUCAUGUGUACCUCGAAUACAUUCAAAGGAACCUCCCUGAAGGUGUUGCAAUGGAAGUGACAAAGACUGCUAUGGAGAAGAUUCCUGAACACAUACUUGAACCAAUGUGGAAAGACCAUCCCACAGAAGACAAGCCAAGCCACUAAAAUGUUCUUUUAUGCAAAUGAUUGUAAAUAGUAUUUUUCAAGUAGGUCUUGUCGGUUAUACUUUAGCAUAAACAGAUAUUGUGUUAAAAGUACUCAAGUCUUUUCCAUUUAUUUCAAAGCAUGGAUUGGCUGCAUCCACAUGGCAUGGUUGGCAUCAGCAAAACAUGAAGUUGGCACUGCUCGAUUUGAAGUUAAAUUGAAAUGGCACUUUCACCCUGGGGGUUCAGUCAUUGGAGGUGCAGCUAUCCAAAUAAUGUCUCAGUUAUACCUACCUAGCAGGCUUGCCUCAGUUUUUGUUGUGAAUAUUAAAAAAAUCAACACUGUA